CACGGAUGAUAUGUUUAAAGGCGGCCUCGAGCAAAGCAGCGACGCGCAAAAAGAUUCACCGAGUGUAUCCUCCGUUGUCGCGACCACCGGGUCGAAAGUCUUGAAAAGUAACAUUACGGAGGAUGAGAAAAACGCGGUACAACUAUCUACGAUCAACCCAGAUUCCAGCUGCCCGUAUGCAAAUCGCAAAUACGUCCAAAGCGGGAUACGCGACGCGCUUCAGCGAAAUGUCAAGAGGCAAACGGCGGCUAUUAGCCCGCAGGAUUUGCACGAGUCCUUCGUGGAAUCGCUGGAUUGGCGUGGCGACUUCGACGACGACACGAAGGCCAGAUUUGGCCGAGGACUUAAGGCCGUGGAGGAAGUGCCGGUUUCUCGAACGAACGAGACUCGCGAGCGAGCCGAUAAAUCGCACGUGGCGAAUGCAACUGCGAGUUCAGAGCCUCGCGAGGUUAACUCACUCAUCUUGCAGAACCGGCACUGCAGCGCAAUCACGAAGUUAACCAACGUCCUUGACGCUCAUCGUGACGUCGCCGAUCGGCGGAAUAUUGAGAAAACGGGAGAAUCGAUUCCGACACGUACGAUUGGCGCGGGGGACGAUGGGGAUCUUGAGACUGCCGAGCAAAAAUACGCGAAUCACCGAACACCACGGAUCAGACGAGCGCGCGCUGCGCAUCGCGCGUUUUACGACGACCUGGACGAAAGUCCGGCUGAUCGCCUGCGUCCCUCAGACGUCCUCGAGGAUCGAUCGGACGGCAUGUAUCGCGGAUACGCGUCUUCGAACAGGCAGAACGACCUGCUCGAUCGAUACUUGAAGAGGAAACGAGAGAACAGUGGAAAAGCUAAUGAUAAUAAGAAGAAGAGUGAGCUCUCCGCGAACACCUCGGGGAGACACGCGAAGAAAGGCAGCUCGCAUUCUUCUUGGAAUAAUCGACGCAACAGGGCACGACAUCGAUCCGACAUGUCGAAGAACGCCAAUCGAGGCGAUUGGAGGCUGAAGAAAAAUAAGGGGAGGAAGCCGAAGGAGAGCAGAGCCGGAGUGUCUCGCUCGAGUGGACGAGGCAGUAGCCAGAAGAGCAGAAUGGCCGAUCAGGAGUCGCUUCGCGCGGGGUUGAACGAGGUGCCGAGUGAAAAAGUGCUUUACGAGAACGCAGAGGAUCAGAGUGUGAGUGUGAAGAGGGUCGGAGAUGAUGGAGGCAGGGACACACGAUCGACGAUCGCGUCUCAGCGCGAGUCGUCGAUCGAUGCGGCUCCGGAUUAUAAAAGGAGAAAAGAAUUAAGGAUGAUUUUUCAGACAGUGAAGCCGGCGGAGUACGACGCACGGCGAAAGGAAAUUACGCUGCUCCUCGCAGCCGACAACGUCGACGACGAGUCGCAGAUGGACGUGGCGCUUCGCGGCGAGCUGGCUGGAAAAAUCGUCCAGCAGACAUUCGCGCAGGCGAGUAAAGGCUAGGGCUUUAAAGGGCGCGAUAUCGAUGUCGUGAACUUACGCGCACACAACCAUCGAGAAACAAUAAAAUCGCGGAAGUAAUUCGCAGCUGAUUAUUCGCGUUUCAAACUGGUCGCUGACAGGUUAUCACUUUAACUAAAAAUCAUUUGGUAUUUUUUAUUUAUUUAUUUAAGAAAAUAUUUCUGAUUUAUUUUUAGAUAUGAUUGAUUUAUUUAUUAAAGGGAUGCUUUCUGCAUCGAAAUCUUUACCGAUAAAAUGCUGCCUUUUUUUAGUCAGUACUCAGUAAUCAAUAUCAGUUAUCGCUUUAGAUGAAAGAACAGAUCAAAACCAUAUAUGUAAAUAAAAGAAAAGAAAGCAAAAAUAAAAUGUUCAAAUUAAAAAUUGGGGAACUCAAAUUCAAAUAAUUAAUACUAACAAUUUUGAAAAAGUGCAAAGAUAUAUAAUAAAAAUUAGCAAUGUUAUUAAAGUAAUUCGCGAGAAAAGAUACACUAAGAGGAAAAACAUUUAAAUAAUACAAAAUAUUUAU